AUGAUAUAUCCACUAAAGGAAUCGUAUUGGAAGACAUGGUUGAAGCGGGUGGAGGAAAGAAUGGAUUCCAUGUGGCUUUCGGCCCACGAGGCCGCCAUGAUCUCCUCUCACAAGCGCAACCGGGAAUACGGUGAAAGCAAACUCCGAUUCCAGGCUCAGAUUCAGGAACCAUACAAGGAGAGAGUGUCAGAGGAGCAGUCAAGGUACGCCCAGGUGCUCCUUGCCCAGAAAGUGCAGUCCUCAGUGGCCCGGAAAGCAUGGCGGUCCAUCUGCAGGUACCUGAAGGGACCUCGAGGACCCUGGAGGGACAGGUGA